UCGGUUGUCAUCUUGAGCAAGAGCAACCCAUUUUUAACAAGAUUAAAUACAACAGCGGUCAGCGAUGGUUCAAUACUGUGUGGCAAACGGAUGCAAUCGAAAAGCUUCUCAAGAAAACAAAAUUAAGUUUCACAGAUUCCCAUUAAACGAGCCAGAUCUGUUAAGGAAAUGGCUGGAAGCAAUCGGGAGGGAUGAAGAUUGGUAUCCUACUACUCACAGCCGUCUGUGCAGCUACCAUUUUGAAGUGGAUUGCUACCUGUAUCUAGGAAGAAAAUUGAAAAAAAAUGCUGUGCCAACAAUUUUUAACUUUUCCAAGCUCCCCGACAAUGAUUGUGAAGGAGUUGCAGCUUCAGUCCCAGGUGUUUCUGCUCUCCCCACCAACCAAGACGCAAGAAUACUAAAUCAACCCGAAGCGGUCAAUGAGUACUUCCUUGAUUGUCAAAUGCUACAGCGUAGAGCCCAUCCAGACCUACCUGGACUAGGACUACAGAAAAUGGACGAUAUUGACAACAUCUGUUUCGUCUGUGAUCAAAAUAUUCCAUUGGAGAAAUGGAAGUACCAGUUACAAGUAACUGCUACAAAAAGGAGGAAUGCCCCAGUAGCCGAUCUGAUCCAAGAACUGGUCGGAGACGAGUUUGAGGUGUUGGUGGGCGAGAGGGACGCAGUUUGCAGCAAAUGCAUGAACCUCCUCAAUCUGAUGGACUCACUCUCCUUCCAAUUGGUAGAAGUCAAGUCUACUCUCACUCAACUACUUCACUCCAAGUACAACUUGACCGAGGAUGAUACUAAGUUGCAAGUGGAAUACGAUGAUUCAACACUUGAAGACAGAGAACUCCUUUACAAAUGUGAGGUUUGCAAUUAUCAAACAAAAUAUGAAAAGGAGUUUAAUAUGCAUCUUCGGAUGUACCCAAAACAUGAUACACUUCAAUCACCUGUGUCAAAAAAAGCUAAUUCCGCUGGAAAAUAUGAUGUAAGUAAUUCAUCAAACCUCUCAUCACAAACCAACAAAAGAUCUAAAUCCAACAGCAAAAAAUCAACAUCAAAGAAAACGUCAAAGAAUAAAAAAAAAUCACCUAGGAAAAAGAAAAAAAUAGUUUUUCAGUGUAGUGUCUGUAAUAAAGUGUUUCUCAAUGAAGAUGAUGUCAGAUUACACUGCAAAAGAGACCAUGGCAAUGAUAAAAUUAUUGUCAGUGAUGAAGAAUACGAUGAUAUCCAAACUCUUGAAUCAUCAGACGAUGAGAUUUAUCAGCCAAAAAGUCCAAAGAAGAAAACUACUAAACGUAAAAAGGAAUCUGUUAAAAUGAAGUUGGAUUUUCUCGACGAUUGGGUUGAAGAUGAUGCUAAUGAUGAUCUUCAUUCCCCUGCCAAAGCUGCUAAACCUAAUGAUGCAGAUAAAGGAAUUGCUUCCACAAAUCUUUCUACAAUAAAAGAUGUUUUUAGAAGCUCUUUGAAAGAGUCAGAUGAUUCAGAUGUCAAUGAAGAUAUGAAUGAAAAAGAUGUGGCCUCUCAACCAACCUGUGUAUUUUGUAAAGCUAAAUUUUCUUCCUUUGAAGCAGUACAAGAUCACGUAAAACUGUCCCAUGAAGGUGGCAAUUUAAGUUUCCCAAAACAAACCUCCACCCCUACUACUAAUGGAGUUGAAAUUGAUUCCACGACUGAUAAAGCCAAAGUUAAGAAACAAGUGAGAGCGAAAGUUGGAAAUGUCAAAGUAAAAUCUUACAAGUGCAACCUUUGUGGAAUCAGGAAAGUUUCAUUAAAAUUUAUAAAGAAACAUGUUAAAUCACACAGAAGACAGAUGUCAAUGCAGUGUAAGAAGUGUGGUGUUGUAUUUAAGAAAUUAAUUGCAAUGAAGGUUCAUGCUUACAAAUGUCACAAAGCUGGGUCUUUGCUGUUAAAGUGUAAGAAUUGCAAUUUUAAAUUUUUGAAUAUAGUCCAGCUAAAAAGUCACUUUGACAAAGUCCAUUCCAAAAAAUAUUUGAAAAGGGUAGAAAAUUCAAGGGAUAAAACAGGAAAUGUGGCAAGCUCUGAAGUGUCUAGUCAACCUUCUGUUUCCAAUCAAGAGACUAUGUUGAGAAAUAGAACGGUAAAGAAAUCUUCAACCAAGGCAGAUAACCUUAAAAUUAGUGUCAGUGAAGUAUCGUCUACUAGUGUAGAAUUUGAAAGCAAGAAAAAACAAAAAGGUUCAUCAUCAAAGACUUCUUACCGAUGUGAUGAGUGUGAUGUUAGCUUUCCUCAGCAAAAUAGAUAUGUAACCCACAUGCACAGACACACAGUACACACUUGCAACUCACUGGGCAUCUGUGUGUUCUGUGAAAAGUUGUUUUUGGACCCAGAACACCUCACUAUACACAACAAAACUGUUCAUGAAAUUUUGCAAACCAAGCCAAGAUGCACUGUUUGUAAUAGACUCUAUACCCUUGUGAAAGACUUGAGAUUGCAUUAUUUACGAGCUCAUUUCAACGAAAAAGGUGAAAAUUUUAUAAAACAAGUGACAGAGCAUAAAAAUAGGAGCAAGAUAAACAAAAAUGCAAAUGUUGAAAAUGAAGUUUACAACAAAGUCUUCAAAGAGCUUCAAGACCUUACUGGAGAAGGAAAUGACAGUGAAGAUGUAUCUAAUAAAGAUGUUUUAUCUUUGACUUAUAACUGCCCUAUCUGUAACUUUGCUUCACAGGACAAAGAAGAAGUGAAGAAUCAUCUUCCUUCUCAUGUCCAACACUAUUGCAACAUUUGUGAAAACAUUUUCCGCCCAGAAGAAGUAAUUGAUCACUUAGAAAAUCAUUCAAUAGACUUUAUGGGAUUGAAGUGUUCUGCUUGUGAUCGAGAAUGCCACGAUGAAAUCCAUCGUCAAGCUCAUAUCCAAACCUUUCAUUCUGAAUUGAAACAGAAUACUGGAAUGCCAAUUCACAGAAAAAAUAUGAUCCAUUGCAACAUGUGUGAAAAGUCUUUCUUCACUGAAAAAACAUUACUAUCCCACAAAGCCUCCCAGCACGGAGAGAAGACGAAAAAAGCUUUAAGUUGUUCUAAGUGUAAAAAUGAUUUCUUUUCAGAAAGAACGUACCAAAAUCAUGUAGAGUUUGCACACCGAUCGGGUCUAAAUUGUAAAUAUUGUGACAAGUCGCAGGACAACAUUAAGAAACUUAUUCUUCAUGAAAAAAAACAUUUGAGGCAGAAUAAGAACAUUAUUAAAUGUAAUAUUUGUGGAAAAGUUGUGAAAACAAAACAAGCGCUGAAGACCCACAAGAUUCUUCACGGUUCUAACAACUCGGCUUGUGAAGUUUGCAACAAAACCUUCAAGUCGUAUCACAGUCUGAGGGAGCAUUCUGCAAAGCAUUCUGGUUUACAAGAAAAGAAGUUUUUUUGUGAGGUUUGUGGAAAGGGAUUUUAUUAUUACGACUCUCACACAAGACACAGAAGAGUUCAUUUAGACCCUCUUCUCUUUCAAUGCAAAUCCUGUAAAGAAAGGUUUCAAUCAAAACUGAAACUUAUAGAGCACAUGAAAACAUGCAACAACAAAGUCUCUUAAACUUCAAGUAAAUAGUGUUAAUCUCUGAUAAUUUAAGGUGCCUUAUUGAUCUCUAAAUUGAAAACUGUAUUCAACUUAAUCAAUUGUUGAACCUUUUGAAUGUAAGGUGUAGAAUAUCAAAAAAGGAAACAAAAAUAAUGACAUACUAUGAAAUAUAAUUUUAAAUACCUAAUGAUACAGGUCUAUAGUUCGGCCGCUUAGAAAGCGACAUCCUCCAGCAUUAGUUUAGCAUUAGCGCGCAGGUCGUUUUCUAAGUGGCCGAACUAUAGUUACUUUUAUACAGUCCGUGAAUAAAAUAAUAAGGCAUUAUUCUGAUAAAGGGCUACAUACAAAUAUAGUUUAAUAUAUUGAUAUUUAUUUGAGAUUUGUUUGGUGAAAGUUAUCAACUAACAUUUCUUGAAAUCAAAAUCCGAUAUAUACCUAUAUGAAAAUAAGAUUUGUAAGAACGAACUUAUGUCAUUUAACUUAAUUAAAGUUGUGUAUAGAUUAUAUAACUUUUCUAUUGAAAGUUGUUCUUUUACAUUAAAAAAGAGAUUAGUUUAAGGGCGAUGAAAUAGUUAUUGGUUUUGUACACUUGUAUUACAUUGCAUUAGAUUUUACAUGUAUAUACAAUUAUUUUUAAUAAUUUUAAGAAAGGAUCGAGUUACAGUUGUAAUCAUUGUCUUUUGUACAGUAAUCAUAGCAUCAUAAUCAUAUUGAUAGAAAUAUUUUGUUUAUGUAUAUACAAAAUCAUAAUUCAAUUUACUAUUUGAUGGGUAUUGAGUAAAAUGGACUUUUGCUUAGUUAUAGAUGUUUCUUAUCAUGAUUAUUAUUUUUAUAUUGAAUUUUGGAUUCUAUUGGUUUGAUUUUAACUUUUAAGCAAUGUGUUUUGCUUGGAUAUUUUUUUAACUGUUCUGCAAUCAUUUUCGAUGGGUACUGAAGUGAACAACCCAUCUAUGGGACCAGCGGCUCUUCCCAGGUUUUAGUAGCGGGCUAUAGAAUACAGGGGCUGGCUCUUAGAGCAAAGUGGUUCCACUGCCUUGUGGCUGUCCAUGGGUCGGUCCAGUGCUCGGCCCAUUUACAUACCGCUCAUUUACACGCUUCCCUACACUUUCACAAUUCAAUUGUUUGUAUGAAACUCAUAUAGUUGUCAACUGCCUAAAAACCAAGUCUGAUGGUAAAAAAUAUAUUAUUUAUCACUAGUAAUAAAUAUUUUAUAAACAAAGAAAAGGAACAAGGAUUGCUAACUUUUGAACUUUAAAAAGUCACUUAAGAAUGGCAAUUUUUUAUUUUUGGGAUAAGAAUAAACUUUAACGAGAAAAUGUUUAUUUAUAGCUUUACUUUAAUAAUUAGUCCAGAAAAUUCUCGAUAAAACUAACAGUUCAUUUAUUAUUCAUCACGAAGUGGUGAAUGAUAUGACUUGGCGUUCACAUUCCGCUCAUGUGCUCAUGCCCCGUAUUGCUUAUGUCAUGAUAUUAAAAAGUGUUAUGAUCUUAUUUAAAUAUUACAUAAUUAUUAAUAGUAAAACAAAUAAUUAGUGUUAAAAACAAUUAUCUAAAAAAUUGAGCAAACUUUAGCCUUAGAAUAUUACUUACAUUUUUGCUGCACCGGUAAUCCUUGUUGUGUCAUCUAAAGACACUUAGUUGAAUCCCUUCUAGGAAUUUGUAAUUGUUAAUUUUAUAUUGUCUUUAGAAUGGAGGGUUUAUUGGUAAAAAAUAAGUAAACAGAAAUUCUUUUGCUAGUUUGUGCACUAGUUAAUUCACAACCUAAAAUAUUGCGAGGUGAGCAGGAAAAAUUAUAAGCGUCUAGGCAGCCAGUGCAACUCCGAGGAUCGUGGAUCAGAUCGUAAAACCCCCCACAACCGCUCCGUGGCGAUGGCGUGACGUCAACCAUUACCGCAACGAUACAGAGAUGAGUCAUGAGCCGUAAUGGUGUAGUGGAUAGCAUGUUGGGCUGAUAAUCUGAAGGUGCCGGGUUCGAAUCCCGCUGGUAGCACUAACUUUUUGUCAACAAUUUUUUUCAUAUCAGCAAGUUUGGUUGGUUUGGUUAGGUUAUGACAGUUUAAUUUUAUAAUUAUAAAAUUGAAUUUGAGACAUUUAUAAUUUUAUUUUUAGAGCAGAACUGUUUUUUCGAUUAGUAAACCUUCAUUUGAGUUUUUUAUUAUCAGCAAGUUUGGUUAGGUUAUGACAGUUUAACUAUAUUUAAUUUAAAUUUAUCCUACAAACGAUACGUUUUGACAGCGACAGUGAUAGAGAUAACAAUUUUCUGCGAACAGUUAGGCUAUGCUGAUGCGCCAGUAUGAUUCGGAAGCGUACGACAUAAUGCGGUGGUGGGGAGUGUUCUGAUCUACGAUCCUCGGAGUUGCACUGGAUACCUAGACGCUUGUGGAAAAAAUACCUGCCAGCGCUCAUUUGAAACAAUUGUCUUUUGAGACUGUUGAAGUAUUAAAACAUUUUAAAGUAAAUGCCGCAGAAGAAAUGAUUGACUAUUGUUUCCUUACUGGGAGUUUGUUCCCAACCCAAAAUAAAAAUAUUCCUGACUUAAUGAUAAAGUUUUAUUAUUGCAACUCCUCUAUGUUUGUUGUUAUAACACCACCUCACUAAGAACUGUUUAGAAAUUUUAAUCCUCCAGCUAAUGCAGAGAGUAAAACAAUGUAAGAUUCACAUGAAAAUACAAUCGUACAAAGGUAGGGAAACAUGUAAAAGAGUGAGAUUUUCACUGGCCUCGUAAUGGCAGCAGGCCCGACUGUCUGCACAGGGAU